GUUGGACCCGCCCCCGGCCCACAAGGCCCUGCAGGGAGCGGGCCCGGGCGCUGCGCGAUCCAAGUCGGGUCGCCGUCCAGCCUGCAGCAUGAGCGCCCCCAACGCGACCCCCAUCUUCGCGCCCGGCGAGAACUGCAGCCCCGCGUGGGGGGCGGCGCCCGCGGCCUACGACGCGGCGGACACGCACCUGCGCAUCCUGGGCAAGCCGGUGAUGGAGCGCUGGGAGACCCCCUAUAUGCACUCGCUGGCCGCCGCCGCCGCCUCCAAAGGGGGCCGGGUCCUGGAGGUGGGCUUUGGCAUGGCCAUCGCAGCGUCGAAGGUGCAGGAGGCGCCCAUUGAUGAGCACUGGAUCAUCGAGUGUAAUGACGGCGUCUUCCAGCGGCUCCAGGACUGGGCCCUGCGGCAGACACACAAGGUCGUCCCCUUGAAAGGCCUGUGGGAGGAUGUGGCGCCCACCCUGCCUGACGGUCACUUUGAUGGGAUCCUGUACGACACGUACCCACUCUCGGAGGAGACCUGGCACACACACCAGUUCGACUUCAUCAAGAACCACGCCUUUCGCCUGCUGAAGCCGGGGGGUGUCCUCACCUACUGCAACCUCACCUCCUGGGGGGAGCUGAUGAAGUCCAAGUACUCAGACAUCACCACCAUGUUUGAGGAGACACAGGUGCCUGCGCUGCUGGAGGCCGGCUUCCGGAGGGAGGACAUCCGUACCGAGGUGAUGGCGCUGGUCCCACCGGCCGACUGCCGCUACUACGCCUUCCCGCAGAUGAUCACGCCCCUGGUCACCAAGGGAUGAGCCACCACCCCGGCCCGGCCACAGCCGUGCCUUCCUCCGUGCCUUCCUGGCUGGGAGCCUAGGCUCUCCCGCCAGCCCCGGGCUGAUCCCGGCUGUGUGUCACCAGCAGCUUUCCCAGCUUCUCCGUGAGGGGUCACUGCGGCCCGUUGCCGGGUCUCAGAGGUGAAGUAAACACCAGCGCUGGCUUGGCUGGUCCACAGUGAGUGU